AUGGCGAGCUGUACCAUGGAACCUCGUAAUGAUGAGAGGAAUGAAGAUCAGCAUAUUAGAAUUCUGCUUCAUGGACCAACUGGUCAUGGCAAGUCCAGUUUUAUCAACUCUGUGGACACCGUCUUACAAGGCGAAAUGACUGGACGAGCUUUGGCGGAUUCAUUUGGUGGAAAGUCCUUCACCAAAAAGGAAUUAAUGACGAAUGUGAGGCAAGAAGCUAGUGAUAUGGGGAUUCCUCAAAUGGCUAUUCUCACCAAAACUGAUGAAGCCUGUCCUGAGGUCAAUGAAGACUUAAGAAACGUCUACAAAAGCCAAAAAUUAAGAGAAAAACUUCUGCAGUAA